AUGCACACCGGGUCCUCGGCUCCGCUUGCUGCGCCGGCGGCUCUAGCUCUGGCUCCUGCUGGUGAUGCCGUGUAUGUGGCCGAUGUGGUGACUGGCGCCCUGGUGCGCCUCCCGCUACCAUCAACGUCGUCGUCUCCCGGAUUCUCCCCAUCCGAGGUCGCCAUCGCAGUCGUUGCCCCGCCUUCGGCUGCCCCGCCGCCUCUGCCGCCGCCCGGUAACGCAUGGCGCUCGCUGGACGAGGCAUCACUCCGCGAGCCGCGGGCGCUGGCGGUUGUCGACAAGGAGCUGGCCGGGGGGCGAGUGUGGCUGCUGGUGGCGGAGGCUGCCGCUGUAGUUCUGGUCGACGUCGCCGCCCGCAAGGUUACCACCGUCGCUGGCUCGGGCCACCCGGGCUUUGCCGACUCGACCUCGCACCAGCUCGCCGGCGCCCUGCAUCGGCCCGAGUCUAUUGUGGCGCUAGAUGGCGCAAACUACGUCCUGGCUGACACAUACAACCACGCACUGCGCUCGCUGCAUCUGGAGGCCGAUGCUAGUGCGCCCACGGGUUUCCGUGGCGUCCUCACUACCCUCGCUGGCACCGGUGCUGCUGGGCACGUCGACGGCUCGGCCGACGAGGCGCUGUUCAAUUUUCCGCUCAAGCUUGCGUACGACCCGGCCACUGCGGCAGUCUACGUCUCCGAGCUCAACGACGUCGUCCGCUCGCUCUCGAUCUUUACUGCUGCGGUGACAACGCUCGCCUCGCCGCCGCUCGCCUUUCCCUCGGCGCUGGUCUUUAACCCGCUCACAGGCUCGCUCUUGGUCGCCGACUCGGACUCGGCCGUCCUAGUCGAGCUUCCGAUCACUGCAAGUACCGGGACAAGCUCAGCGAUGCCGAUGGCGGCACCGGAUGCAGCAGCCUCGCCGUCCCUGGACGCCCUGCUGCCGUCUCCGUCGUCUCCUGCCCGCGACGCUGAGCGAGUCUCGCGCCUUCGCGACGCACUCCGCGAGUGUGGCCUUGCCGCGGGCAUGGAAACCCGUGGCAUUGAGGCCUUGCUCGAAGAAAACGUUAAGCUCCGCGAGCAGAACGCCAAGCUCAUGGCGGCGCUCUCAGAGCUGUCAGCCUCGCACGACGCGCUGCGCGCCCUCGUCCGCGCCUCGCUCGCUUCAUGACAGCGAGGCGAGGCCAAUUACAAAGCCAACAACCGCCAC